AUGUAUUUCGACGGCUCUAUCGCACCGAAACGCGUGGUUAGCCUUUCGGGCGCCUCCGCGUUCGGGCGAACCAACACAUUAGGCCGUAGCCAGCCAGGGUUCCUCAGGCUCCAGCAAGAGCAAGAUCGCGCGUGUCGAACCAUUGUACCAUUUCUCCGCCAUGUGGUGGAUGUAAAGCGCGCGGUGCUGCGCUGGCGCGAGUUGUUGCCGCAACUGUUAGCUCGGUCAACCGAGUAUGUAGACAAGAUAUCGUUACCUCCGGCAAACUAUUGGAAUGAUCGCCAAUCAAAACUUUGCGACAAUGGGCAAUUCGUUUGGGGCGACGGAGCAAAUUUUGGCGGAGGUGCCGGGAUCUCGUUGGAGUUGCACGGCGAAUCCGGAGGUGUGCCGCAGCCAGGCUGCGCAACCGCCGACUCGGUGACCUACCACCCGGUAUGCCAGUUGAUGCGCGCGGUGGCGGCUUUGGCUCGUGUUGACUGGCGGAACGACUAUUCGCACUAUGUGCGUCUGUGCCUGGCCCACUUCCGGCGAUGGUAUUUCAGCGAUCAGCAUGAUGAUGCCACUCGGGCCAUGAUCUCCGACCGAGCCCAGCUCGCUCAGUUGGUGAGGCUGUUCUUGAACUUUUUCAGGAUUCUGUUUCGCAGCAAAAAGCGAAAUCUGGCUAACUCGGGCGCCCAUGCGUCCCCUGCGAAUUCCGCCGCCUACGGUACCGCAUACACUUCAUUCGGCACCGGCCAGGGUGCAAUUGCAACGCAACGCGGGCCUCCAUAUGCGCAAGGUUUCGGCUUAGCUAGUCUAGGAAGGUCAGGAACCACGGGAUACGCCUACGGAACAUUGGGGAAACCAUCUGGGUUGUUCUCCCACGGCUCUUUCCGUUCCGGCGUGGAUUCCCGCACGUGGACUUACAAGGCUGAAGAGGACGAUUUCGACCUGAAUUUGACGCUAAACAACUCUAUUGACGAUAUGGAAGUGGUUACAGCUAGGCUGUCAUUCGACGAGGCGGAAAUUGUGCACUUCGUAUCGGCUUUGUUCAGGUUGGUUUCGCGCAGCCAGGCGCAGGAGCUCAACGAUGAGUUUGGAAUUGCCACUGAGUGGUACCCUGCAAUGGUAGGCCGCGCACUGGCUAACCUGGAGUACGACAGUCAUGCGUUGCUUGCGCUGCUCGAGAUCGCUACCCCGUUGCGCGAUCUCUGCACCACCAAGGAAUCCGCAUUAAGGAUGUUCGUCAAUGUUUGGGUUGUACCCAACCUUGUAAAAACGAAUUACGAUGUCAAAUUAUUGAGGUGCGCGUUUAACGCUACCUUCAACUCGGCUUUUCUGCAGGGUCUUUGCUUCAUUGGAUGCCAGGUGAAGGAUGAUCAGCCCUACGGAGCGACUUCCAACACGCGUAAUACAGUACCCGUGGGGACGGGUUCGCCUGACAGGGUGACGACUAUCGUGAGGAAUUUGACUCGGAUGGCUGGAACAAAAUCACGCAAGGCGGUGUCCCUGCACCACGACAAGUGCAAGGCAUUUGAGCAAAAUCUGCGGAUGCAAGUGGAGUCGUUUCUGGGCGCGUCUGACCUUAUGAUGUUGAUUCGGAAGGUUAAAUUGGAUUCGGGUACUCAUGACAGCUCCCUAAUGGAGCGAAUUGAAAAAUCUGUCAACUCGCAGUAUGCCCGAGAUUCCGGCGUACCGGAGAAUGUGGAGCCGUUCCCCUACGUCCGUUUGGGAUCACCACAUUCUGCUGGCCCGUCUCUGCUAGCGCAUACAGACUCUUCACAAAACCCAACCUUCACAAAUGGCUUUGCCGGUCAUAGCAUAUUCACUAAUCUGUGCAACCUGUUGAAGUUACUGAGCGAUCGGAAGCAUGGGUACCACGAUAAGGAUACCAUCGCGUCUAUUCUCUCCGUUACGUUGUUCUGCGCUCAGCUGCUCCCAGUGCCCGAACUAGAAGCGGCCGGUUUGUGGAAAUUUGACAGCACGGAAGUGUUCGCCCACUUACUCCACACUUAUCGGAAGGAUACGUACAUCGUCAUGGCUAUCACGUUGUUGCUGGUGCCAGUCGUGAAGUGGGAUUAUUUCGUGACCGAUCCGGACGCAGUUGCCAUCGCUAACGCUGCUAGAGCAGCUGAUUCCAUUGCAAAUCCCCCAGUCGAUGACUUUGACCACGACUCGUAUCGCUCCGUCUGGGAGCGGGCAACCAAGUUGCUGUUUACGUGGGAAAUUAUGAAAACCAUGCUGACGCAGUUCAAGCGCCACCACGCCAACUGUUGUGGCGGCAGCUUCAACCAGUUCGGUAUGAUUGCCACCCCGGAGCUGUCCAACGAUGGCGCUUUGUGCUGCCUGUGGCGCGCAUUCGCGACCGUGCUGGAGCAUUGCAUGUUGGUGAUGAACGACACGGAGUUGGUUGGUGACGACGACGAACCUGGCUUGUUCGACGCGGACGACGUGGCGUUCUUGGUCGCAGCGCUGAACCACACCUCGUGGUACCACACGCCUUACAGCCACGUCACUGAAGAAAUGGGGAAUUAUGGAAGAUGCCUAAACUUUCCGGAGAACUCGGUCUGCAGUUGCGGAAUAGAGGUUAAGGUGAACGCCUUGUUUCACCAUACAAAAGGCCACGGCAGCUUUACGGCCGAAUACUGGGGCAAGUUGGCCUACAAUUUCAACCUGCGUUUCCUUCGCCAGAGUGACGGCUCGCAUAGCCCGUCGGUAAUUACCGAGGUGGACCGCCUGGUGCUCAACAAGGUGCGGACAAAGCAGUUCAAGGCUCCAAUUUUGAAAUUCGUGCACUGCAUCCCCCAGACAGUCACGUUCGAGACACGCCUGCAGCUGUUCAUGGCCUACGUGGCCUAUGACAAGUCCAUGAACCGCGCCAACGUCAACAUUAGCGAAUCGGUGAUGUACAUAAUCCGCCGGUCGCACAUCGUGGAGGACGGGCUGUCGACGCUGGGCACAAUGGGGAGCACGCUUUUGAAGCAGAUUUUUAGGGUUAUCUUCGUUGACGAAACAGGGGUUCGAGAGGAGGGCGUCGAUGGCGGGGGCCUGUUUAAGGAGUUCCUCACGUCCAUCUGUUCGAUAAUAUUCAACCCGGCGUACGGCAUUUUCGAGGAAUCUCAGUUCGACGGGUCCAUGGCGCCGUCACCGAACUCCGCCAUGUUCCAUGAAGGCCAUCUGAGCGUCUUCAAUUUCGUGGGCAAGGUAAUUGGCAAGGCGUUGUACGAGCACAUCCUGAUUGAACCGGUGCUCUCGCGUCUGUUGCUUAACUUCAUUCUCAAGAAGAGGAACACGCUGAACGACCUGCGUUUCGUUGACCCUGAGUUGUACAGGAACCUUGUGAGGAUGCGCAAGAUGACAAGCCAAGAAAUCGAAAGCAUGGGACUCACGUUCACCACAACCAUCUCGUCCCUGGGAAACUCCUCGCCGGUGGAGAUCAUGAAGGGCGGAAGCGAUAUGGUGGUGACCAAGGAAAACCUUAACCUGUUCCUUUUCAUGCUUGCGGACUUCAAGUGCAACACUAUGAUCGAAAAGCAGUCAUCUGCGUUUUUGCAGGGUAUUAGCAGCGUUAUCCCGCUGGAUUGGCUGCGUAUGUUCUCCUACUCCGAGCUGGUCUACCUCAUGUCGGGGUCGUCGGAGGCCAUCAACCUCGCCGACAUGCGUGCGAACACCACCUACUCAGCGGGGUACACGGAAACCUCGGAGGUGAUUGUCUGGUUCUGGGAAAUAAUGGACGAGUUCGACGAUGAUCAACGACGCAUGUUCCUGUGGUUCGUGACGUGUUGCAAGCGCGGGCCACUGAUGGGUUUCGGGCAGCUGCAGCCUCCGUUCUGCAUCACGCGGGACCGCAACACGGACAACCUGCCCACCGCAUCCACGUGCAUAAACUUGCUCAAGCUCCCAGAGUAUGAGAGCAAAGAGGUGCUCCGCGCGAAGCUGUUGGACGCCAUGACAAUGUCCAAGGGAUUUGGCUUCGCCUGA